AUCUGUUCGAAGUGCAGCAGACUGCAGCAAUUCCGAGCAUUGAUGAUUGAUGUAAUUGUUGCCUUUUUUGACAGUUGACUGUCGAUUGUCGAUACCUCUCGCGCUCGGCAAUCACACCCGUAUAUCGUGCACAAGUGGCGCAAGCGUAAUUCGUCUCGUAGAAAAAUAUAUUUUUCAGGAGAAAAUCGAUUCGUACAGUUGUUAACUUGCAAUCGAUAAUUUCGUAAAUUACAGAAAAAUGGCAGAUGAUCGUUUAGAUAUAGUAAUAUUUGGUGCCACUGGAUAUACUGGAAAAUAUGUAGUGAAAAAUGCAUCCCAAAUGUGUAAGGAUCGGAAAAUGAAGUUUGGUAUUGCUGGUCGUAGGAAAGAAGCUUUAGAUGCAGUUGUUAAGAAAUUUGCCUUAGAUAUUGAGGACGUUCCUAUUAUUCUGGCUGACAUAAAAGAUGAGGAAUCUCUCAAGAAAAUGACGGAGCGAGCAAAGAUACUUAUCAAUUGUUGCGGUCCAUACAGAUUUUAUGGAGAACCAGUUAUCAAAACAUGCAUUGCUACUCGUACUCAUUAUGUUGAUGUCACUGGUGAAGAACAGUUCAUGAUUGAAAUGCAAUUAAAAUAUAAUGAAGCAGCAAAAGAAGCUGGCGUCUACAUAGUAAACGCUUGUGGUUUUGACUGUAUUCCUAGUGAUUUGGGAGUCAUUUUCACGCAACAGAAAUUUGAAGGAGAAAUGAAUGCUAUUGAAAUAUACAUGAGCGUGUGGCUAAGCACUGACAAGAAAGGUCCAUUAAUUAAUUAUGCAUCUUGGGAAUCUACAAUAGACAGUCUGGCUCACGUAAAAGAAGUACAGGCAUUACGCACAAAAUUAUAUCCUAUUAAGUUGCCUGAAUUCACACCGAAACUAAAAUCAAGAAGUGUAUUGCAUCGAAGCGAUGUUUCUGAAGGAUGGUCCAUACCAUUUCCGAGUGCCGAUCGUUCAGUAGCUCUUCGUACACAGCGAUUCUUAUAUGACAACUAUAAAGAGAGGCCUGCGCAAGUUAAAGUUUAUAUUACAUGGAAGUCUUUCUUCGAAUUCCUGAUUGUGGCCAUUGCUGGUAUGUUUUUGUUAGUUUUGUCUCGCACAGCAUGCGGCCGUAAUUUACUUCUAAAAUAUCCGGCUCUAUUUUCAUACGGUUUAAUAAGUCAUGAGGAGCCAAAUCCGGAAAUGCACAAAUCGGUACAUUUUUCUCUUACGUUCAAAGCUAGUGGAUGGACUGAAAAAUUGUCUGAACCUACUGAUGAACACACAGAUCCACCUAAUAAGAAAGUAAUCACCAGAGUCUCUGGUGAUUCUCCCGCAUAUGAGAUGACUAGCAUAAUAGCGAUCUUAUCGGCAACAACAAUUCUUAAUGAAACUGAUAAAAUACCUGGCAAUGGAGGAGUAUUUACUCCCGGUGCUGCGUUCGGUAAAACAUCUCUGAUCGAGCAACUGAUAAAACAUAAUAUUAAAUUCGAGGUGAUAUCGUCUACCAAGAAAUAGAGAAAAUUCUAUAUAAUUUAGACCAAGAGGCCUAAACCAGAGAUACUAUAGUAUUGUUAUCCAUAACAACAAGUAUGGCAACCUUUUAUUUCGUGUAAAACAUAAAAACAAUACAUAUAUAUUUAAGCUCUGUCGCGAUCGCUUGAACGGGAGGCUUUCCCAAACGUUGUAACUUUCAUUUUUUUAUUGGAAGCAUCAAGAUUGAAUACUAUUGCAAUCGAUAGUUAAUACUCUUAUCCCAAGACAAGCAGACUCCCAUAUAUACCUCUCAGAAGGGUGCAAAGGAUCGUGAUAAAUUUUUUCUGAAAAAAAAUUGAUAGCGAAAAGAUUGAAUUUUUGUCUACUACUUAAUUUUAAUAUCAAUUGUCGAGAAAUAUGAUUCUCAUACCUUUUAUAUGGUCACAAAGACAGCCAUAUCUCCCCGAAUACGUACAAUUUUUUUAUUUCAUGUAAAAUUGUUUAUAUUUGGGUAGGCAUGACUGCUUUCGUGACCAUCGAAAAGGUCCAUAGGAAUCAUAUUUCUCGACAAUUGAUAUCAAAAUUAAGUAAUAGACAAAAAUUCAACUUUAUCGCUAUUGAUUUUUUUUUUUCAGAAAAAAUUUAUCACUUUGACCCAGUAUGAUGAUCCCUCGCACUCUUCUGAGAGUCCGUCUAUUUUGAAAUAAGGGUAUUAAUAAGGGUAUUGAUUGCAAUAACAACCUUGACGCUUUCAAUAAAAAAAUCAAAAUCUGCAACAUUUCAGAAAGCCUUUUCCCUUCAAGCGACUGCGAUCGGGCUUAAAUAUAUAUAUGCGUACGUACGUGCGUGCGGGCGGGCGUGUAUAUUGAAAUCGGAUAUUUGUAAUUAAUCGGAACUGGUUGUGUGCCGAGCUCUGCUGUAACUCGAAUACGUGAUAAUUUGGAAAAUUAAGUUCUGUAUUUUUGUGUAGAAACGAUUUUAUGUAAACGUUAUUUAAUGUAAAAUAUUAAGAAGAGGAAAUUU